GCACCGCCCCACCCCCGCCGGCGGUGUUCCUUUCUCCCGUGCGCGCGCUUGAGCAGUAGGGAGUUGUGGUGGCCACUAUAAAUGCCUGAAAAAAUUAAUUACCAUAUGGGACUCUUCGACUGCCUGGAGAGGUGCACUGAACGGCUGUAUGGAUCUUGGAGUUGGGAGACUGGAGACUAUGUCUCGCCAAUCUAUGUGAACGUCUUGGCCUGCAGAGAAUUUGAGGUGGCACUGUCCUGGCCACCUAGAAUUCUGUCCGCCUCUCACUAUCCCCCUCGCUGCGACACUCUUUCCGCGCCUCCGGAAGUCACUCUUUACCUAGGCAGUUGGAGGUGGUUCUCGAGCUGACUUGCGUGUGGUGGCGUCGUUGGGCUCGAGCUCGGUUUCGCCCGGUGGGCAUCUUGCGAGUUUGGGCGCCAUGUUCUUCCUCUGCGGUGUGCGGCCGAGGGGACACGCCAUGUUUUGGAGAAGCUAAGGAUUUACUACCUUUCAAGACUUUUGUCUGAAAAAAAAAAAAAAAAGGACGCCUCCGAGUUUGGGAGUUGGGAGCAAAUGGAGUCUGACUGAACCGAAACACAAGGCUCUGACCCUGGGGGAUUAAAAGGGCCGCCUGAAGGCUUUUGCGCGCCGGGAGCCGCGGGGGUUACUGUCCCUGUGUCCUCUUCUGUCUCCACUCUUCGGGCAAGGGCCUCGGCCCGCGGUCCUGCCGGGGUGCCUGCCUUCGUGCCCAGCUUUUCUGGGAUUUGUAGUUUAUCCCCAAGGCCCAGUACUGUUUCAAUUAAGAGUUCUAAUAAGCACCUAUUUAGUGAGCCCCUGGUUUGUGUCAGCCAAUUUGCUGAGGAGUUCAGGUACUGUCAUUUAAAAACCUUUCAACAUUUGAGACGGUUAUUACAUCCAUCUUUAGGCGAAUGUAAGUGGCAGAACCGACAAAUCCAGGCCUACCAGACUCCUUUGGGUCAAACACUUAUACUGUAGUGCCCCCAUAACUUGUAUUUUAGUUUUUUAUUGUAAAAAGAUGUCAAACAUGACUCCAUAACAAUACAAUGAAACCUCAAAUACCCAUCACCCAAAUUUUGUUCUUUUAACUAAAUCAUAAGCCCAUAGCAAGCCUCACCUCUGAGAACAAAUCUUUAUGACAGUCUGUGGGUUAUAAAGGAAGCCCCAAUUUUCAUUGCAUUAACUGCUCCACCCACUUGGCACUACCCAAUGACUACCUCUUGAUAAUUCUUUCCUUACCUCCUGUUGAGAACUUAAUACCCACCAGAGACUAUAAUAAGUGCUUUACAAUCAUUAGUAUUAAUUAUAGCGAAUAUUUACUUUGGACUUAACCAUGUGCAGGCCGUUGCUAAGGGUUUUAUGUGCAUUCUCUCUUUUAAUCGAAUGAGACCAAUGAUUUGCUAAUUUUACAGAUGAAAAAGCAGGCAUAAAGAUGAAUAAAAUUGUACAAUAUCUAAUAAGUAGUAGAUUCACUCUCCUGACCCCAAUGUCUAUUCAUUUUAACCACUAGGUUACAUGGAUUCUUACUCGUAGUAAUAAACCAGAGAAUGAAUUCAUGUGUCGGCAGACUUUUCGGGGGAGGGGGUAUACAUAUUGCCUCCCCAAUUAUCAGCUUCAGAGAGAAAGCCUCCCAUUCAUCAUGCUCUAGCACUUGGUUCAUACCUGUUCUAAAGCACUUACCAGGUUGUACUAAAAUGAUUUGUUUACAUAGCUAGUUUUCCUCUGACUGAUUCUUCAAGGCCAGGAACUGUCUUACUCAUUUUUAUGUUCCCAGGGCUUAGCCAGUUCCUAACAAACAGCUGGGACUUAAAAACAGUUUGCUGAGUGAAUGUAUGAAAGAAUCAAUCCACCUCUCUUCAGUGCUGCACAGCGCAGCAGAUAUCCAGGGUUGAAAGACCACAGGCUUCUACCUGGAGGGCUCAACUCUCCUUAAAACUCCUGAGAAAUCCUGGACAUGCCAGGAUGUAUUGUGAAGUGGUUACAUUCAGUAGAGGAGAAGACCCAAACACUGUAAGUAAUCCAGGCUUGGGCUGGAAAACAAGGUUGAAGUUACUCAUUAGCAGGUGAAGGAUCAAGGGUCAAGGCAAGGGGGCUGGAAGCAGAGUGGACUGAGCAGCCAGUGGGGGAGAACAGUUAAGACACCAGCCACUCCAGGCAGAGCACCAGCUCCUCCUUCCUGAAGAUGUUCCACCAAAUUUGGGCAGCUGUACUCUACCUCUAUGGCAUUCUUCUUAACUCCAUCUACCAGUGCCCUGAGCACAGUCAAUUGACACCUCAAGGAGUGGAUGGGAAAGAGUUCCCAGAGCCCCACCUUGGCCGGUGGUUCUUUAUCGCAGGGGCAGCUCCCACCAAGGAGGAGUUGGCGACUUUUGACCCUGUGGACAACAUUGUCUUCAACAUGGCUGCGGGAUCUGCCCCCAUGCAGCUCCAGCUUCAAGCUACCAUCCGCACGAAGAAUGGGCUGUGUGUGCCCCGGAAAUGGAUCUACUACCUGUCUGAAGGGAGCACAGAUCUCAGAACUGAAGGCCGCCCUGACAUGAAGACCAAACUCUUCUCCAGCUCAUGCCCAGGCGGAAUCAUGCUGAAAGAGACAGGCCAGGGUUACCAGCGCUUCCUUCUCUACAAUCGCUCACCACACCCCCCUGAGAAGUGUGUGGAGGAAUUCCAGUCCCUGACCUCCUGCCUGGACUUUAAGGCCUUCUUACUGACUCCCAGGAAUCAAGAGGCCUGCGAGCUGUCCAGUAACUGACCUGUGGCUUCAUCUGUACCCCCAGAUGGAUACAAUAGAAGCUGACAUUGUAGUAGGGGAGAAGCUGGAAAAUCCCAACUCCCUUUCAAGGGUAAUAAAGGUUUUUCAAUCCUCAUCUAA